AUGGUGAGCGAGGUGUGCGGAAGUGAGGAACGCAGGGGGAAGAGUGGUUUGGGGCAUGGCAAAGUGAAAGUGAAGGUGGGCUAUCCAAAUGACAUUAUGACCAAAAAAGAAUUACCUUUCCAAGGGGACUGUUUAAAGAUGAAGGCAAGAACCAAAAUAGAAAGAGGUGUGGAAAAGUCAGCUCGGAGUGCCUCCUGUACCAGAGAGCCGAGCUGUGAAUGCAAAGGAAAGUUCUUGAAGGAAAUUAAAAGUGCUACUGCAGUGAACACAUGAAUGAUAAGAAAGUGAAACAGCCUGAUUGCUGAUAUGGAGAGUUUAUUGGUCCGAAUAAAAGAGCAAACCAGUCACAACAUUCCCUUCAGCCAAAACCUAAUCCAGAGCAAGGCCCAAAUUCUCUUCAGUUCUGUGAAGGCUGAGAGAGGUGAGGAAGUUGCUGAAGAAAGGUCUGAAGAAGCUAGCAGAGAUUGGUUCAUGAGGUUUAAGAAAGCAAGCCAUCUCCAUAAUACAAGAGUGCAAGGUGAAGCAGCAAGUGCUGAUGUGGAAGCUGCAGUGAGUUCUCCAGAAAAUCCAGCCAAGAUAACCCCUGAAGAUGGCUACACUAAACAACAGAUUUUCAAUGUAGAAGGAACGACCUUCCAUUGGAAGGGGAUGCCAGCUAGGACUUUCACAGUUAGAGAGGAGGAGUCAAUGCCCAGCUUCAAAGCUUCAAAGGACAGGCUGACUCUUUUGUUUGGGACUAAUGCAACUGGUGACUUCUUGAAACCAGUGCUCACUUUCCACUCUGAAAAUCCUAGGGCUUUUAAGAAUGAUGCUAAAUCUAUUCUUCCUAUGUUCUGUAAAUGGAACGAUAAAACCUGGAUGACAGCACAUCUGUUUACAACAUGGUUUUCUGAAUAUUUUAAGCCCACUGUGGAGACUUACUGCUCGAAAAAGAUUCCUUUUAAAAUAUAACUGUUCAUCGACAAUGCACCUGAUCACCCAAGAGCUUUGAUGGAGAUGUACAAUGAGAUUCAUGUUACUUUCAUGCCUGCUAACACAAAAUCUAUCCUGUAGUCCAUGGAUCAAAGAGUAAUUUCUACUUUCAAGUCUUAUUAUUUAAGAAAUCUAUUUCAUAAGGCCACAGCUUUCAUACAAAGUGAUUCCUCCGAUGAAUCUGGGCAAAGUAAAUUGAAAACCAUCUGGCAAUGAUUCACCAUUCUAGCCAUUAAGAACAUUUCUGAUUCAUAGGGAGAGGUCAAAAUAUCAACAUUAACAAAAGUUUGGAAGAAGUUGAUUCCAACCCUCAUGGAUGACAUGGAGAGGUCCAAGACUUCACUGGAGGAAGUAGCUGCAGAUGUGGUGGAAAUAGCAAGAGAAGUUGAUUUAGAAGGGAAGCCUGGAGAUGCGAUUGAGUUGCCGCCACCUCACGAUGAAACUUGAACAUAGAAAGAGUUCCUUAUGGAUGAGCAAAGAGGUUGGUUUCUUGAGACGGAAACUACUCCUGGUGAAGAUGCUGUGUAGAUUGUUGAAAUGAUCAUAGAUCUAGAAAAUUAUAUAACCUUAGUUGAUAGAGCAGUGGCAGGGUUUGAGAGGACUGACUCCAAUUUUGAAAGAGGUUCUACCCUGGGUAAAAUGCUAGCAAACAGCAUCAAUGCUACACAGAAAUUGUUCAUGAAAGGAAGAGUCAGCCAAUGUAGCAAACUUUAUUUUUUUUCCUGUUUUAAGAAAUUGUCACAGUCAUGCCAACCUUCAGCAGCCUGCACCCUGAUCACUCAACAGCCAUCAAUAUGGAGACAAGAUGCUCCGCUGGAAAAAACAUAA